CUACUUAGUGAGUGUGGGUGGGCUGGAUUUGUUGUAGUGUAUGUAUCGUAUGUAUGAUGGUUAUUCGACCAAUUCUCGAACUAGAAUUUUCAGUUUAUCCCCUACAUCCGUGUGUCUCUGUGAGACUAUCGCUGUAAGACUCGUUGCUGUAUCAGUUUCCGCUGUAUGCAUUGUCGCUGCAACGUUUGCCGCCGUAAGGAUUGCCGCCGCCAGACCUGUCACUGUGGAACAAUCGCUGUCUGGUUUGCCGCUGGUUGACUUUGUCUUAUCUUUGUCACCCCUUUGCUUCCGCCACAAUAUGCCACCAAGCUCUUUCAUGACCAUUCAACCCCUUCGAAUUCAUUCAGGCCUGCCUUUGAGCACACCUUUGUCGUCUGAAAAGCCAAAACCUCCAAAUAUGCCACACCGCAGUACAAAACAAACGCAGAUCGCUGUCGUACAUUGUUCAGAACCCAGAUUUCCCUUACCAUCGCCAGCAAUACUUCAACCGCGACGCCAAACCAUGGAUCGAUGCGAACCGCACAUGGAGCAAAGGUCAGCACCGCUCUCCCCUUUCAAACAAACGUGACACUGACACCCCCCAGCCCAGGUUGAGCUCACUCUGGACACGCUGUGGUGGGAUGCCAACAUCAGGGCGCUGUAUUCUGCGCACAAGAUCGGUGCGAAUGCGAAUGCGCUGGCGGGCUUUGUGCCGGACCAGGUGCAGAUUCCGCUGCAUCCAUAUCGGGUUGCGGAUAAGGCGGCGGCGAAGCGGACGAAGCUGAGGCCGAGGGAGAGAGAUGCAAAUGGUGCACUGAUGGCGGCUCCGCCUGUGGCUCCGCC